AUGGCAGUGGUGUGGGUGAUGAUGGCCCUCGUGGUGGUGGUGGUGGUGGUGGUGGUGGUGGGUCAGUCCCACAGCCCCUGGCUUGAUUCAUCCCUGGACCUGGCCCAUGUCAUCCUUCCAUCCCACAGUGAUUCAAUCGCUUGGUCUUUCACACCAACCCUCUCUCUCUUUGGGUCUUUGUCUUGUCUCUCUGUCCACCCAGGUCGAGCGGGAUCCAUCUGUGUGGUCGGCCCCAAGGGACAGAAGGGGAAAUCUGGAGGAGUUGGGCCCGAAGGACUGGCGGGAGAGCCAGGGUACCCUGGCACACCUGGGCCCCAAGGCGUGGGAAUACCAGGCCUACCUGGCCCGCCAGGUGAAGCAACCGGUGUGCAGGGGGACAAGGGGGACGCCGGGCUCCCGGGAACCGAGGGCUCAACAGGAGAUCCGGGACCCAGAGGCCCAGGUGGAUCGAAGGGCGAGAAGGGGGACGCCUGUGAGAUGUGUCCCGUGCUGUCAGGGGAUCUAGACAACAUGGUGACCCUGCAGGGGAAGGCUGGUCCUAAAGGAGAGCCCGGCCUACCCGGGAGAGGAGACCCAGGGCUUCCUGGCUUUGGCGGUGUGGAUGGCAGGGCAGGAUCCAAGGGAGAGCCAGGAUCAGACGGCGGCAAGGGGGCAAAGGGUGAGCCCUGUUCGACGUGCCCCACCCUGGGGGACAUCCCAUUCCAACAUCUGACGCAGAGGGGGGAGAAAGGGGAGCCAGGCGUGGGUCUGAAGGGAGAACAGGGGGAACCAGGAACCAUAGGAUUCAGUGGCCUCCGGGGAGAGAAGGGAAACUCAGGAAGCAGAGGGGGCGAUGGUAAAGCGGGCAAAACUGGAGCCAGAGGACCCAGCGGCAAAGAUGGUCAGACGGGAGACAAGGGUGAACAAGGACUUCCUGGUUACAGCAUUCCUGGACCUAAAGGGGAAAGGGGGGAGUGUGGUGUGUGUGGGCCAUCUGAGUUUGGCAGAGGGCCCGGUAUUACCAAACUCCCAGAGGGGCCAUUAGCUAAACAGGGAGAUCCAGGGGUCCAAGGCCCCCCAGGACCAACCGGAGCUCCAGGUCCGGUGACCGCUGGCUUUCCGGGCACCCCUGGACAAAAGGGAGAUAAAGGACAAGCAGGAGAUAAAGGACUGGAUGGAGCUGCAGGAUCCCCAGGACUGGCUGGAGAACCGGGUUACAAUGGACUCAAUGGCUUUAAAGGAGAGAAGGGCGACGCGUGCACCAGCUGCGCUGCCGAGAGCGGCGUUGUGGGCGACGGCGUCUCCGGGCCCGGACCCAAAGGAGAGAGAGGAGACCAAGGACCCCCUGGGGAGGGAAAGCCGGGCAGACACGGUAAACCUGGCCUACCAGGUUCCCAGGGGCCCCAGGGUUACAAAGGAACCCAGGGAGAACAAGGCGUAUCAGGAUAUGGUUUACCGGGACUUAAGGGUGAAGUGGGACCAAGCGGGACUCCAGGAGUGGCAGGACCACCAGGAGACAGAGGGCAGCUCGGAGCAACGGGUCCGUUGGGGAGAGAGGGCCCUGAAGGUGAGGUCGGACCCCCAGGCCCACAGGGGCCGAUGGGCAUCGGUGUGACUGGGCCCGAGGGUAAAGAGGGCGCCCACGGCGGCAGAGGAUUGCCAGGAGGUGAUGGCAGACCUGGCCCCGACGGAGCCAAGGGGGACAAGGGCGAGCCUGGAGAGUGCAACUGCAUCACCCAGCCGUACACUGGCACGGGGGGGCCGGGGGCCCCAGGAACUGUUGGAGGAUACAGUUGGCAGCCUGGGCCUCAGGGGCCCCCAGGAACGCCAGGACCACCGGGCCCGCCGGGUCCUUCUGGAUCCAUUGGAGCUCAGGGACCGCAGGGUGUCCCCGGCAACGACGGGAUGCCAGGGAGACCCGGUUUGACCAAUUACCUUAACCCUAUUGACCCUCGCGAGAGGCCGUCUCAAGACGCCACAGGCACUGAUAAUGAUGUGAGACUCCAGGGCAAGCCGGGUGUACCAGGCAUGGCAUCCCAAGGGGGAGAAGGGAGAGGAAGGCAAGCCUGGCGCUGGUUCCACCACCACCACGGAUACGUGUUAUAUGCUCAUUAUGCAAUCGUUAAGCACGUCAGGGUGUGUUUCCGCGGUAACCUCUUCGUUGCUUCUCCUCCCCUCCUUCCCCCUCUCUGUCCUGCAGGGUUCACCUGGUACCCCUGGCUUCCAAGGACAGGCCGGUGCUUCGGGAAUCAAAGGAGAUUCGGGCCCAACAGGCUCCGAGGGGACCCAAGGGUGAACAGGGUCAAGCUGGAGCUCCAGGGUUCCCAGGAUCACAGGGUCCCCCCGGUCUUCCCGGUAAAAGCGGAAGAGAGGGCCCCCCCGGGACCGAGGGCUGAGAAGGGUAACGACGGGGCCCAGGGUGCCCAGGGCCAGAUGGGCCCUCCAGGCCGUGCUGGAUCACCAGGACUCAUGGGCCCCCCAGGCAUCGAGGGAUUGGAUGGAAAGGACGGCAAACCAGGACUGCGGGGCGAGACAGGCCCACCUGGGGCAGCAGGAGCUCGGGGGAUGCCAGGAUACAAAGGCAAGACCGGUCACACCGGCUUCCCCGGAGUGAAGGGUGAUAUUGGACCCUCAGGUCCAGCUGGACCAUCAGGCAGGCCUGGACAUGACGGGGACCCCGGCACCCAGGGGGCCAUGGGACGUCCUGGACCCGCUGGUCACCUCGGCCCCGCCGGACCAGCCGGGCCCCCAGGACCCGCCGGGCCAGCUGGAUUGGGCAUAAAGGGAGAAAAGGGUCAGGCAGGAGAGAGAGGUCUGGGAGGGAUGGGCGGAGCGCCAGGACCCCCCGGGCAUCCAGGACCCCUGGGAGAUCCUGGCAGCGAUGGUGCAGCCGGUAAAGAUGGAAGCGCAGGUCCAGCUGGGGAGAAUGGACAGACCGGUCAAAAGGCAAAGGCAGGCGCCGCGGGCCAGCGAGGAACCCCCGGAGAGAGGGGUAGGCCGGGACUCCCUGGAGGUGGGGGAUACCACUCCAAGGACGCCCAGCCCAUGCUCGGCCCUGUGGGGCCCAGAGGCGAGAGGGGCAACACGGGCUCUUCAGGACCCCCUGGCACCUCAGGGAAUCCAGGGACCCCCGGAAACGACGCUGUGGUCAACUAUGACGAGAUCAAGAACUUCAUCCGCCAACAAGUCGUUAAAAUAUUUGAUGAGAGGAUGGCCUACUUCAUGUCCCGCUUGCCAGCGCCAGUAGAGCAGUCCUCACCUGGCAGACCGGGACCCCCCGGUAAGGAUGGAAACCCGGGAAGACAUGGAAACCCAGGGAAUCCCGGCCAGCCCGGAAAUAUGGGCAGAGAGGGACGAGCGGGACCCCACGGACCCCCCGGCAUACGAGGACCCAGUGGGGAGAAGGGCGAGAAGGGUAUCGGAGAAAUGGGAGACAUAGGACCUCCCGGUGCACCAGGUGUUCCUGGACAACCAGGCUACGGCAAGAUGGGGCCCCCAGGCUCCGUGGGCCAGCAGGGAGUCCCCGGGGUCUCUGGAGCUCCUGGGAACCCCGGCUCCAAGGGCAACGACGGCCGCUGUAACCCCGGGGACUGCAGGAGCCACGAAGUAGAAUACGCCGGCAAGGGCCCGAAUGUCAAGGGCCCCUGGUAAAACGGAAAGUUCAGAGGAGGGAGGGAGGGGGGGGAGGGAGGGGGGAUUGACAAGAAUCAAAGGGGACCAAGAUGGAGACAGAAAAAAAGAAAGAAAAAGAACACAACCCAGGAAAGGAACAUUGUGGAGUCAGCCCUCAGCAGACCAAGUUCUGCUGGAGCACAUUGACCGCUUCUCAGCAGCUUAGUCCAACCACCAGCUGCUGAUGGGUUGACUCAACCACUUGAAACUAAUCUCCCCAUCAAUAUGAAAGAGAUACCUUCCUGGGACAUGGGGCCAUGGCAUAAUCACCAGCAUGUAAAUGUCAUCCACUUAUUUCUUCUUGCAAAUUAUCGUUUAUUCUUUUUAUUUUGGUUACCGCAAAGCUUUUGUUGUUAUUAUUUUUCGUAAGGCUUCACCCUGGUCACUGCUUUGAAUGCGUUUAUUUUUUACGAACGU